UGGGGACACCAUGGUAGGAUGGAUUGUUUCCGUGGUGUUGGCGGGACUGGCGGGGGCGUCCCCCGAUGCGCUCUUUCCAACGGACGAAGAUGUGGGCCGCUGGACGACCGGACACGGCGACGUUUUGCCCACCGCGUUUCAUCCGUCGCGGGACGAUGCCGCGUGGCUGUUGUGCAUGCUCUGUCGCAGCUCGACGACGUACAUGGACCAAGUGCGCCGGCUGCCGCAGAUCUCAUGUCCGGCGCUGGUUGGCGGCGUUGACGUCACGUGCGCUUGGCUAGCACGCAACAAGUCAUCUCCGACAUGCGACAAGUUGGCAGACAAAGUGAGCGCGAUCAAAAAGUCUCUGGAGCACGGCGAGUGCGUGGCCAAGAUAUGCCGCGACCAGAUGCACAUGUGUGGAAAGCACGACGACCCGCACGGCCGCCCGACGCUGGCAGAGCCACGUGAUGCGAUUCUCGGAGGCUUCCACCCCAAGUGCAUGCAAUGCUGGGUGGCUGUGCAUUACGUGAACGAUACGCGGCGCCAACGCGACUUGCCGGUGAAAGCGGUUCAAAUUGGCGCGGCAAUUGUUUGCGAGCGCGGGGAUUCGCACCGAACGGGGUGCCAUACCUUGACCCACCACGUUCCCGCGAUUCUCGAAGGCUUGACGAACGGAUCGACCGCCAUGGAGAUGUGUCGCCACAUGCAUUAUUGCCCUGGAGCGCCGCCCCAUGUCCGCCUCCCCCACGCUGUCGCACCUCCACCCCACUACCCGACGCCCCAAGUGCCCUUGGUUGAGGGGGCGUUGAAAGAUCCGCCCAAGGUGGACCCGACUGUUGGCGUUGGCGUGAGCUGGGCGUGUGCCGUCAUGGCGUUGAUAGCGCUGCUCUAUUGUGCAUUUGCCAAGCCAUUUCGAGUGGACCCGACAAGUGCCUACAUUGGCAUUCCGCAGGAUGAGUAG